UACGGAAGGCAUCGGGAGUUGUCCAUUAGAAUAGCAGUUGAUUAAAGAAAACCGCGCCAAAUUGAUAAGGGUAACAAUGCCUGAAGAAUCAUCAGAAGAUGUUUUUAAGAUCAUUGUUGCCACAGACAUACAUCUUGGAUAUGGUGAAAAAGACGUCAUCAGAGGGAAUGAUUCUUUAGUCACUUUUGAAGAAAUCCUGGAAAAUGCCAAGAAACAUGAGGCUGACUUUAUUCUAUUGGGUGGAGACCUCUUCCAUGAGAACAAACCACCUCGCAGAAUCAUGCAUGGAUGCAUAUCAUUGCUCAGAAAGUUCUGUUUUGGUGACAAACCAAUUUUGUUUGAAUACUUGAGUGACCAAUCUGCUGAUUUUAAACAUUGUCAAUUCCCAACUUUAAACUAUGAAGACACUAACCUGAAUGUUUCGAUUCCUGUGUUUUCUAUACAUGGAAACCAUGACGACCCUUCAGGUCAAGGAAAUUUGUGUUCGUUGGAUCUUCUCCACAGUGCAGGCUUGAUGAACUAUUUUGGCAAAACAACAAGCUUAGAAAAAAUCGAAAUGUCCCCUCUUCUAAUGCAGAAAGGAAACACAAAACUCGCUCUGUAUGGAUUAGGAUCAGUGAGGGACGAACGUCUGCAUCGUCUCUUUGUUCACAAAAACGUAACAAUGCUGAGACCAAAAGAAAACCAGGAGGAUUGGUUUAAUGUGUUUGUCAUUCACCAGAAUCGUGCCAAACACUCCACCACUAGCUAUAUUCCGGAGCAGUUUCUAGACGAUUUCUUAGACCUUGUCAUAUGGGGACACGAACAUGAAUGUCGGCUCGAACCGGAAUGGAACAGUUCGCAGAACUUUUACGUCAGCCAGCCCGGUAGCAGUGUAGCAACUUCACUCAGUGAGGGAGAAACGGUCAAGAAGCACAUUGGCCUGCUGCAGAUCAAGGGCAAAAAUUUCAAGAUCACUAAAAUUCCUUUGACCACUGUAAGACAGUUUUACAUGGAAGAUGUGGUGCUCAGUGAAACGGAACUGAAUCCAGCAGACCAUGACAUUGAUCGUAAAGUGGAAGCCUAUUGCUUUGAGAAAGUGGAAGCUAUUUUAGAAAAAGCGGCUCUUGAACAUUCAGGCAACAGAAGGCAACCAGACAAGCCUUUAGUCAGACUUCGCAUUGAUUACACAGGGGGGUUUGAACCAUUUAGUGGUUACAGGUUUGGACAAAAAUUUGUUGAUAAGGUUGCAAAUCCAAAGGACAUGAUUCACUUCACACGUCGUAAGAUAACUAAAGUGAAGACAGAUGAAAAAGAUCCUGUGAUUGGUGAUGUCAAGGUAGAUAAUCUGGACACGUCGAGAGUGGAGGAUAUGGUGAAGGAUAUCUUUAGUAAUGCAGAUCAGAACUGGCAGCUUAGAUUGCUGACAGAGAAAGGAAUGGGGGAUGCUGUCCAGGAAUAUGUGGACAAGGAGGAAAAAGAGGCCAUCUCGGAACUUGUCAAGUACCAGCUGGAAAAAACUCAGACACAUCUCAAGCAAAGGAACAUUAGUGAAGACCUAAUUGUGGACGAGGUGAACAGAUACAAGGAGGAGAGAAAAAAGAAAAAAGAGGACGAAGCAGAGGUAAAAGAAGCCAUCAAGAGAGCCCAGACUAAACGUCCCAAAGACAUGGAUGAUGAGGAUGAAAUCGGUAGGAACAGCGACUCGGAGGGUAAUGAAUCGGAUGUACCAACAACGAGUUCUACAACAAGAGGAAGGGGGAGAGGACGUGGAAGUCGAGGAGGCAAAACGGGGGAAACUACAAGAGGGAGGGGCUCCAGAGGGGGGCGGGGGAGUAGAGGAGGCAGAGGAGGGAGAGGCAAGGCUGCCGUGGUCGAGACUUCUACCAGUUCCAUUAUGGAUGCCUUUGGGUCUCAGAGAUCUAGAUCAAGACAGAGCAGUAAAAAUACCACCAGCAAUUUUGGUUCGGAUGAGGAAGAGGAUAGCAUUAUGAUAUCAGAUGAUGAUGACCUGCCAAAGAUUUCCAAAAAGUCCAAAGCCUCCUCCUCCAAGAAGAAGAGAGGCAUUACAUUUGACUCGGAUUCUGAGGAAGAUAUUUUCCCAACAAAGCGAAAACGAUAAAUCCAUGUAACAUGACAUGUACCAAUUCACCUGUUGUUUUAAUGGAAGCUUUGUUAUGAAAUAGUAAUUUGUUAUUGUUCAUGAAUUAUAAUAAAAAAAUCAAAUUUCA